AUGGCUGAGACCACAACUUCAAGUUCUCGCAAGACAAAGCUGCACAAGGCAGCUGGCGACGACAUCCCAGUAGGCAAAGGUGGGCAAAGAAAGCGCAAAGUUCUGAAGGAGAGCAUUCAGGGAAUCACCAAGCCUGCGAUUCGGCGCUUGGCUCGGCGCGGUGGUGUGAAGCGCAUCAGCGGUCUUAUCUACGAGGAGACGAGGGGCGUCUUGAAGACGUUCUUGGAGAACGUCUUGCGUGAUUCGAUCACUUACACGGAGCAUGCAAGACGCAAGACCGUCACUGCCAUGGACAUUGUCUAUGCGCUCAAACGGCAGGGCCGUACCAUCUACGGAUUUGGCGGAUAG